GUCUUCCAAAGACUCGAAGAGAAGAAAAAAUGCAGGGAUUUUGUUUUUAUUCUUCAGUAGGUGGCGGAAGGUAGUAUCAGCGAAGCGGAAGGGCAUUUUCGGGAGACCUGAUCCAGGUGAUCAGUUCUUGUAAAAUAAAGGUAUACCAAUCACGAAUUGGAAAUGAAGCGAUAGUGUUGCCUCCUUGACAAAAGAGUUGAAGUUAACAAGAGCUGUGAAGCUGCCCGGAUCGAUGGCGAACGUCACAGGACAUGCCUGCCCAGCUCCGAUGAAAGCUACAUCGAAUGGAGCUUUCCAAGGGGACAAUCCUCUCGACUUUGCCCUCCCUUUGGCCAUCUUGCAGAUAUGCCUAGUGCUCGUCCUCACACGUUCUCUCGCUUUUCUUCUCAAGCCUUUGAGGCAACCUCGCGUGAUUGCAGAGAUUAUUGGAGGAAUUUUGCUUGGGCCAUCUGCCUUGGGCCGUAGCCAGAGGUAUCUGCAUGCAGUUUUCCCUCCCAAGAGCCUCACAGUCCUAGACACUCUAGCCAACCUUGGGCUGCUCUUCUUCCUCUUCCUAGUAGGACUAGAAUUGGACAUAAAGGCCAUUCGACGGACGGGAAAACAGGCCCUUGGAAUCGCUGCUGCAGGCAUCAGCCUCCCGUUUGUGCUCGGCAUUGGUUCUUCAUUCAUUCUCCGAAAUACAAUCUCAAAAGGUGUCGAUGAACCACCUUUUCUUGUCUUCAUGGGUGUGGCACUCUCUAUAACUGCCUUCCCCGUCCUCGCCCGCAUCCUUGCUGAGCUCAAGCUCCUGACUACUGAUGUGGGACGGAUGGCCAUGUCAGCUGCUGCUGUCAAUGAUGUGGCUGCAUGGAUCCUUCUUGCCCUUGCCAUCGCACUCUCUGGCUCUAGCAAUACCUCCCCUAUUGUGUCCCUCUGGGUCCUUCUCUCCGGAGCUGCGUUCGUCAUAGUUUCCAUCUAUGUACUUUGCCCAAUAUUCUCUUGGAUAGCCCGCCGUUCCCCAGAUGGUGUGCCCAUAGAGGAAACCUACAUCUGUGGUAUUCUGGCUGCCGUCCUGGCGGCCGCGUUCGUGACCGAUGCUAUUGGAAUUCAUGCCCUUUUCGGGGCCUUUGUGGUCGGAAUUCUCAUCCCCAAGGAGGGCCCCUUGGCAGGUGCUCUGGUGGAGAGGGUGGAGGAUCUUGUUUCAGGCCUCUUCCUCCCGUUGUACUUCGUCUCCAGCGGGUUGAAGACCAAUGUGGCUACCAUCCAAGGGGCCCAGUCAUGGGGGCUGCUUGUUUUGGUGAUCGUUACGGCCUGCGUGGGGAAGAUCGUGGGGACUGUUGUCGUUUCACUCGCGUGCAGGGUGCCGUAUCGUGAUGCCCUCACCCUUGGAUUUCUCAUGAACACGAAAGGCUUGGUUGAACUCAUCGUCCUCAACAUCGGCAAAGACAGAAAGGUGUUGAAUGAUCAAACGUUCGCCAUCAUGGUUCUCAUGGCUCUCUUCACAACCUUCAUCACCACACCCCUUGUCGUGGCAUUCUAUAAGCCAUUGAAGAGGUCAAGUAUUCCCUACAAGCACAGAACCAUAGAACGGGAAGACCAAGAUACCCAACUUCGUAUCUUGGCCUGUUUCCACAGCACAGGGAAUAUUCCGACGAUGAUCAAUCUCAUUGAAGCCUCGCGAGGGACCGGCCGACAUGCAGGCCUGUCUGUUUAUGCGCUGCAUCUCAUGGAGCUCUCUGAGAGGACAUCAGCAAUCCGCAUGGUGCACAAGGUGAGGAAGAAUGGUCUGCCGUUCUGGAACAAGAUGCGGGGGUCUAGCGCUGACCAUGUGGUUGUUGCCUUCGAGGCAUUCCGGCAGCUGAGCAGCGUCUCAGUGAGGCCAAUGACAUCCAUCUCUGCUCUAUCCGACAUGGACGAGGACAUAUGCACGAGCGCGGAGAGCAAGCGAGCUGCGAUCGUGAUCCUACCAUUCCACAAGCACCAAAGGUUGGACGGCACCUUGGAGACAACACGCCCCGAGUUCCGGUCAGUCAACCGGAGGGUGCUUGAGCACGCGCCAUGCUCGGUCGGUAUCCUUGUCGACCGCGGCCUUGGUGGGGCUGUCCAUGUAUCUGCUAGCGAUGUUGCAUCCUCCAUCGUCGUCUUGUUCUUUGGCGGGCCUGAUGAUCAUGAGGCACUUGCUUACGGAAUGCGAAUGGCCGAGCACCCUGGGAUCCAGCUGACUAUGGUUCACUUCAAAACCGAGGAUGGGUCCGUUGGUGACAGCAUAACGAUCGCGGUGGAUGGCGAUUCCUGCACCAAACAAAAGACUGACGAUGAGCUUGUCGCCAAAUUCCAAAGGAGGGCAAUGAAAGAUGACUCUUUUCGGUAUGAAGAGAAGGUAGUUGGGAACACAGGCGCAGUAACAGCUAUUGGAGAAUUCCAGCGGUGCAAUCUGUUUCUAGUAGGAAGGAUGCCUGAAGGGGCUGCUGCGGAGACUCUGACCAAUGUGAGCGAGUGCCCCGAAUUGGGUCCGGUUGGGAGCUUGUUAAUAUCAUCUGAAUUCCCAACGACGGCAUCGGUUUUAGUGGUUCAACAGUAUCGUGGGCAAACGACAUCAAUGGCAAUGAACUUGGUAUUUGAUGCACCUUCAACGGAAAAUGGAUUGCCGGAAAUGCAUAGCUCGGCAGAUUCGGAUAUUGACUCUACCUGAUUGUCUUUUGCAGUUCAUGAUUUGUGGUCUGUAGAUGGCAUGCGUGGCUGCUACACUCACUGCCACUGGAAAUAAAUGUUCGAAUGGAUGGUAAAUGUUUCGAUCGCCUGUUUGGGCACACCGCAUCAGUAGCUUUUUUCUGCUUAUUGCGUCAAAUAAGCUUUUAUUAUUAUUAUUAUUAUUAUUAUUAUUUUUUAAUGAAGGUUAGUUUGAUAGCUUUGUUAAAAUAAUUUUAUUAACUUAAACUUGCAACCAUAAUCUUUUUUUU